ACCAAAGCCUGAACCAGAAGCAGAGCAGAGACAGUGUGUGUAUGGGUGAGAAGACUGCGCAUGUGUGAGUGUGAGGCGCACUGAGCGGAGCAGAUGGUGGUGGAGAAGGAGCAGUAAUGAACGGCAGCUGAGGGAUGACAGCUGAGAAGACGGAGAGAAGGAGAAGACUGAGGUUCACCUGAAGACAAGAAGAAGAAAGAACAGACAGGAGGAGACUAAAACAGAGGUUCAGGUCACUGCUCAUUGUCAGCCAAGCCAUUUGUGAAAAGGUGACUAAAGGGAUGAUGGAGAAAAAGAUGCAGGAGGGACACGGCCAAUCAUAAGUCAACGUUAAAAGGUUGGAAGAUUAAACAAGAAGGCGUAAGAGAGCAGAGGCGAAGGGAAAAAGAAGGUGCGGAGGUCGACAAAAGCAGCCUGAUGUAUCCACCUUACAGCUGCCUCCAUCUUACAUCUCCAUGUUGUUGAUGCUCCUAGAAUAAAAGAAACUCACCGGAGAGAGCAUCCUCCUUUAACGAGACCUCCGCUGGAAGAAGGAGCAAUCUGUUCACCAUCAAAGGACAAACUAAUGUCUGAAGCAUGAACGAGCAGGAAGCAAGAAAAGACUGGAAUGGGACAAGCGCAUAGGCAGACAGGUGACCAAAGAAAUCUGCAAACACAGUUGGUCUGACAAACUAAAAGAAGUAGAAGACACAACACCCAGGAAUCCUUCUCACUCUCAUCACUCUGUCUGUUUUGUUGUGAGGACUGCCUGAAAGUCUAUAGGAAAAUACUUCACUCCCACCUCUGAAGAAUUUAAGGAGCCUUCAAGUUUCAUGGAAUUACUCCAACAGCUCUCUGGAGUAUUAUAGGACACCUCCCAAAAAUAAAAGUCCUCCUCCCUUCUUUUUAUCAAGAAGCCAAGAAAAGGGAGUCAAACUAGGUUUCCUGACCACACUGGACCAAGAGCAGACAGAACGUCUUAAGUUUUUUUUUUCUCUCACACCCCAGAGUCAUGAUAGAACACAUCUAAAGCUAUAAGCAGGAAUUUCAUUGAGUGUUUUGGCAAAUAUUUAGUUUCCUUUACUAGGAAACAAGAUCUAAUCUCAAGAUAGUACCUUUUGGACUAGUCUGAACUGCCUGUAAUCAACCCACCACACUUUGUAAAUGCAACAAUCCACCUUUCUGUACUGUUUGUGAAUUGUAAAUAUUUGGGUGCACAUGAAACUUAUACCGUUUAAAGUAAGAACAUAACUUAGUGUUAAAAUACUACAAACUUCUGUGUGAUUUGUAACUAUCAGUCAGAGGCAGCACAGGAACUUCAUCAAAGGUACAAUAAAGCAACAAAAAAACUUCAUAGUAAACACUGAUCUGAUACAGUACACUGGUCUAUAUAAUUUAACUGUUCUAGACUAAAAGACUAACAACAGUGCCAACGAGAGAAAAUCUUUGAAGGAAACAUGGAAGCAACCAUUCGACCCCAUGUUCCAUCUAAUGGUUGACUUCCAAGAAGAAGUUUGAGCCUCCUCCCCUUGAACUAACCAAGCAGGGGUAUCCAGCGCCAAUCAGAGCUACAGCCCCUCACUGUAAAAGCAACUAAACCGAGCAAAUGUCCUGCCUCAGGCGCCAGCCGAUGGCCAUCCCCAUGGACACUGUCAAGAUCAUCCAGUCCGAGAAGUUUCCCCGAGAGUGCCCUGUGCCCGUCACCCAGCCACGCUAUGCCCCGGCUCCCAGAGUGGCAUGGGAUGGAGGCGGUGAAGGUGAAAUCAUUGUCAACCAGGCCUGCAGCGACAUUACACUGGACAUAGCACCAUCUCCCAGACCGAUGGUGUCCCCUCCGACCCCCUUAAUAUGCAGAGAGCAGAGCUUCCUGGCUCAGCGCAAACCCAGUGCCAAUGAAAUCUGCUACCACCAGUUCCACUACAAGAUGGAAGACGUCAUAGUCAAUCAAUACGUGUUGCGCUCAUCCUCCACCUCCUCAUCCACCUCCUCCUCAUCUUCUGGGCCCGUCAUGCCUUGUGAGCCCCUUGAAUGCCCCACCUGUGGCCACACGUACAACUUCGCCGGGAAGCGUCCACGCAUCCUCUCCUGCCUGCACUCGGUAUGCGAGGAGUGCCUGCAAAUCCUCUACGAAUCCUGUCCCAAGUACAAGUUCAUCUCUUGCCCCACGUGCCGGCGAGAGACGGUGCUGUUCACGGACUAUGGCCUGGCUGCUCUGGCCAUCAACACCAGCAUUCUGAGCCGCUUGCCCUCUGACCCCAACGGGCCUGUGCAGUGGGGCGGGGAUGCCGACCGCAGCUGCUACCAGACUGUGCGUCAAUACUGCCAGUCAGCCUGCACCUGCCAGAUUGCCAACCCGUUGUCCUCCUGUGGCAUCAUGUAGACAAGAGGGAGGAGGUGAGAGUAUUACUCCUCACCCCCACGACUCUACUCAUCUAUAAGCUAAACCCAUUUUGCCAAGCCCCUUAUCUCACAGUAAAUAACCCCCUAUAGAUGUUAUCUCUAUAUAUUUAAUAGCACAGAUGGAUGCUGUGUGGGACUAAUGAAUGCUGAUGGUUCAGUAUAAAGUAUAUGUAUUUUAUGUAUGGACUGGAAACCUAUUCACCGUCUCGUUUGGUUGGAUGUGUUUGUCAUGACAUCUCUUUAUAUGGGAAUGCCA